GCUCAGCUGAUAGCCCAGUCCAUAGGACAAGCCUUUCAGGUGGCUUAUAUGGAAUUCUUGAAAGCCAAUGGAAUUGAGGAUCCUUCUUUGAUGAAAGAAAUAGACUAUCAAGAAGUUCUGAAUCAGCAAGAAAUAUACGGAGAGGAACUCAACCUCUUCUCAAAUAAGGAGCGCCAGAAAGAGGUGAUUGUGCCAAAAUUGAAAGGAGAAAAUAUAGGAAUUGUGAUUGUGGAGUCCGGCUGGGGAUCUAUGGUGCCCACAGUGGUUCUGGCUAACAUGUACCCCACAGGUCCAGCGGCGCGAUGUGGCCAGCUAAAUAUUGGGGACCAGAUUAUCUCCAUAAAUGGAAUCAGUCUGGUGGGACUUCCUCUGUCAGCUUGUCAAAGUUACAUAAAGAGUAGUAAGAAUCAGACGGUGGUCAAGUUAACCGUUGUCCCUUGUGCUCCUGUGGUUGAGGUCCUGAUAAAGCGGCCAGACGUCAAGUAUCAGCUGGGAUUUAGCGUACAAAAUGGAGUGAUCUGCAGUCUGUUGAGAGGAGGAAUAGCAGAGAGGGGAGGAGUGAGAGUGGGACACAGGAUUAUAGAAAUCAACAAUCAGAGUGUUGUAGCUGUCCCGCACGAAAAAAUCGUCUCUCUACUAGCCAACUCUGUAGGAGAGAUUCACAUGAAGACAAUGCCCACCUCCAUAUAUCGAUUACUGACAGGUCAAGAAACUCCCCAUUAUCUAUAGCAGUGGCUCCUGACAGUGUAUCAUCCAUCAGCUACAUUUCCAUGUUAUCCCAGCUCACCUUCUGCUAUUUAUAGCUCAUUACAUUCCCUUGAAUCUGCAGGUUGAUAAGUUUUAAAAAGUAUUAAAUUGUUCUAAAUCAGGUUGACAGCUUUGAUGACAUUUAAGCUGCUUUUACUUUGUCAAUGGCACACAUCUUUGUGACACUGUAAAUCAAAUGCGAUAUGAAAUGUGCUAUGUGUAUUGUUAGAGAAAAGUAAAAUAAAAAAAUUCACAACUUAAUGUUUACAAGAAUCUCAUGAACUGCAGUGUGAAUUUGUUGUGAAGAUCAUAUGAAAACACUGGAGAAUUGCAUGUGAUAUUUUAACAUUGGCAUUGUAUGUUGCUGUGUGCUGCUGUGCAAUAACAAGAAAGAGAUGAAGUGAUAUGGUGAUUUAACAUUAAUGUAUGUGUGUUCCAAGUUUCAUUUUAUGGUGUACUAAACAAUGUGUUUCGCCAAUAACUUUGUGAUUUUGAUAUUUAUUGUAAUGCCAUUCUUAUUUGAAAUCCACCUUUGUUGUAAUGUGACAUUGUACAGCUGCUUGUCACAGAGCUCUUCAAUAUCAGUACAUGUAUAACAUUUCUUAUGUACCGCUGCAGCUUAUUUGAAUGGGCAUUGACUUGAGUGCUCUCAAGAUUUAAAUUUUGACUCAAUUUGGUAUUCAUAAAGAUGGAUAUUGCUGAAUUUUUAAAACUCUCCUGUUUUAUGUGUGCAAGUAAUGUUGCCCUUUUAAGAGAUUGGUCUGAAAAGGCCAGGAGGUUUUGAAGGUUAAAUUUUGUAUAAGAAAAAAAAUCUUGGUCAAUUCUACAAAAAAGUUUUCUGGAGUAAAUCAGGUUUCCACUCUUUAAAAAUUGUUCUUUUAUAUUGCUCUCACUGAAAACUUGAUGGAAAGUACAAUAUUAAAUGCUACCAUGAAAGGGAUUUUUGGGUAAUUACUGUAUACAGGGUUAUUUUUGCCCCACUUUAUUUUCGCUCUUUAACGCUUGCAAAAAAAUUGUGCCCUGUCUUAAAUUCGUCCAGUCACAGUUCUGUUUAAGAAAUUGUACUGUAAUCUUUAAAUUCGCCCAACCAAUGGUAGGGCAAAAGGUGCGAAAAUAAAAUAAAUUCAAAAAUUUCCCUGUAUACAGUAUAUUGUAAGGGAAAUUGAAUAUUUAAUUUUAACUCAUAUAUUGAAGCAAUAAGUUAGUGAUACAUUUAUUGUUUAUACCAUUAAUCAUCUAGUCAUACUGAUUAUUUAAUAUACGCAUUAUAAAUAUGUGAUAUGGAUGUGAUCAUUUUUGAGCGUGUGAAUUUUAAUGUUAUACAGAAGUGUGUGUUGAUGCUAUGCUUUCAUGAUGGUUCUGACUGUAUGUACUGAUGUAUACAUUUUGUUCUAUUAAGAUAAUUACUCUGGAGACAAGGCUGAAGUAUUUUAUCUAUUGAAACAUGCUCAAGGUUGUGUGUAGUAAAAAAAGAAAACAAAUUCUAAGAUUGGAUCUGAUAAUUUUGGCAUCUUAAACCUGUACCUCUCAUUUAGAGAAGCACUUUUUUUUUUCAAGUAUCUCUUUGUCCAAUGAUGUAUAAGUCUUACAUGUACAUAACACAGGCCAGAAAAACUUUAUAUACAUUUUAGAUUCAAAUUCUUUUUGUAUUUCAUUUAUAUUUAAAUUGAAAUUAUAUCAAUUAGUGACAGCAAAGGGUUUUAUUUAAGGAAUGAAUUUAAUAGCUACACAUUUUAUACAGUAUAAACUGGGUUGGGGCAGUUUACGCUUCAUAAACUGCAAAGCGGAGAAGAAAAAAAGAUGAUUGUUCUAACAAAAUGACUUCAGUUUGUACAAAAUUUGAAUGUAACGUCAGGCGGAUUGAUACGUUUUUGACGCAAGUCAUUGUGACGUAGGCAACCCAUUUUAUACGAUAUAAAGUAAAUUUUUUAUCCA